GACAGCUUCGGCCUUGGCAUCGCCCUCUCGCCUUUCGCGCUCCUUCCUCGCCGCCGCCGCCGCCGCCGCCGUCUUCCUCCACCACCAUCCCCCGGCGGCAGCUUCCUCGCAUCGCUGCCUCACGAGUGCAUGAUACGGCCGCUCCUUCGCUGAGAGAGCCCGCUAGAGGCAGUGGCCCGACGCGCUCCCUGCACUCCCAAUCCGCACACGCAGCCAGCCCAGCACCAUGGGCAAGCCGGGCCUCGGGCUCUUCACAGCCCGACGCAAGUCGCAGGGCAACGUCUUCGAGGAGGUCGACAUGGCCAGCAGCCCCGACACGUCGACGGCGCCUGCAGACUCGGGCGGCUUCCGCCUGCUGAGCAGGACUGAGGUCGAAAAGGCAAAGGAACAGCGCAAGACACAGGAGAAGGAGCGAUCGUCCAAGUUCCCGCGCUUCAGCGGCUUCAGCCAUGCGGGAAGCAAGAACCGCAACCAGUCAGUCGACGACGAUUCUCCAGGCUCAUCAAAACGCGACAGCAAGUCAAGCAGUGGGACUCAAUUUUCCAAUUCGAGACCCUAUGCCAAUGGCCAACAUGGGUCCACAUCUACACUCCCUUCCUCCACCGACGCCAGUUCAGACGACAAUCUCUUUACAAACGUCCCUCGUCCUGCCCUCUCGCAACACAACAGCUCCCCGGCUCCCCACUCGGUCACCGCCCUGAAAAAACAGCUUCCAACGCUGCCCAAGUCGAGCACGGGCGUGUCGUCAUACAAAGACCUGUCGAGCUCGGGGUGGAACGGCAGAAACAGAGCCAUGACGACCUCUAGCUACGCCAGCACCGCCGUCCCACCAAAACUCGAGGCCGAUCUGAGUUUUGGUGGAUUCGACGACGACAUGUUUAGCCAUUUGCAGCGAAAGGAGUCGCCCGAAGUUCCGCGCGAGCCUACGGGUCGCUCACUACUCGCGGAAAAGCGCACGUUCCAGGCAGAGCCCAUCAAGAUCAAACCCCAGUUCGACGUUGAGCCGGCCCUGAAGAGCUGGGAUAGCCGCAAUUCGACCGACAAUCUGAUGGCCUCUUCACACUCGGACGGUGACUCUUCACCGCCCCCACCGCCCCCUCCCCACAAAUACUCGUCUUAUGCCCCUGUCGCCUCGGAGAGCCCGACCUUUGACGACCCCGAUGCCCACAUCGUCCGUCGGUCGUUUAUGGAAAGGAAGUCGUACCAAGACACACCUCCUGAAUCCCAGCCCAACUCCAUGUCGUCGUCAUCCGCCAACUCUUACGAGACACCCUACUCUUCACAGUCCGUCACGACUUCGAGCACAAACACCAGCUCAACCCCAAAGGCUGCUGCCGCACCAGCAUCAUCAUCAACACCAACAACAACGUCGUCUCCACAAAAUAACAACAACAACAAUACCAACAAUGAAGAGGACCUGUUCACACCGACCAAGGCUGCCCCCAAGCCUGAGAUGCCUACACCGCGAAAGUCUGCACCCAUUCCUACUGCCCAUAGCAGCAACAACAACUCGACCACCUCGCUGUCAGUCCCUGCCACCGAUGCCAGUCGCCGUGUCAUGUCCCAGGCCGAGUUCCGCGAAUAUCAAAAGACGCGUAUGAAUCAGCCACCGCCAGAGGAAAGCUCUGACGAAGAGGACUACGAAGACGAAGAGGAUGCCAUCAAGAGGCGACAGGAAGAAGAACUCCUGAGGCGUAAGAACCAGCAGAUGCACUUUGCACGAGAGGCUAUGCGACGUUCGACUACCGCUUCAGGACAAGCAGACUCUGGAGUCGACACAUCGGGCUUCCCAUCCGAGACAUCGAUGAAGGCCGAGGAGUGGGAGGAUGAGGAUGUACCGUUGGGCAUCCUCGCUCAGCACGGGUUUCCCAGCCAAGCUCGCAACAAGCAGCCAAGCCAGCCAACCAACGCCAUGCCCUCGUACAUACCAGACCGUCCGGCUUCUGCUGGUGCCAUGAGCCAACGUGGAGGAGGCAACAUGGCUCUUCCAGCCUUUGCUCGAAAUCUGCCACAAGACCCUUACAACAGCUCCUUUAUUGGCGGCGGCCUGGUCCGACCGACGAACCGCGAGUCGAUGGGUUUCAAUGGCUUUGCACAGGGCCCCGCAUCGGUCGCAGGUGACACGCCAGCUACUGGCCUGGGAAUGGCCACGCCCAUGAUGUACCCGGACGCCAACCUGUCGCAGCCUUCGCUUGUCGACCAAAUCCAGAUGCGCGACAUGACCAAGCAAAAGUACAUGGGCGGUGCCUCGGCGAAGAAGCCCCAAGCUGGCCCCUUUACCGGCAUGCUUGGACAGCAGAUGAAUGCUAGCAGCCAACUCUCGAGUUCUACACGCAUGUCAACUAUGCCCACAAUGAAUGGCAUCAACGGCAUGAAUGGCAUCAACCCCAUGAUGAACAUGAUGGGCGGCCAAAUGCCAAUGGGUGGCAUGGGACAAAUGGGUGGCAUGGGCAUGGGCCAAAUGGGAAUGGGUAUGGGCAUGGGAAUGGGAGGCAUGGGCCAAAUGGGUCAAAUGGGCGGCAUGGGCAUGGGCAUGGGCGGCAUGGGCAUGGGAUACCCAAUGUCGCAAGGAAACGACUACAUGCAAAUGCAGCAAAUGCAGCAGAUGCAGCAGAUGCAACAGAUGCUCGCCAUGCAACAAAUGCAGCUGCAAAUGAUGCAGCCCCAGCAGCAAGAUCCCCGCUUGUCCAUGGCCAUGUCUACCAACUCGUUUGCUGGCAGCGCCUCCAUGGCCAAUGGCGCAAACUUCCUCAACGUACCCAACCAGGGCCGCACCAUGUCGUUUGCAUCGGCCAGCGCUCCUCCCCCGCCACAGCAACAACGCACAAUGUCCUUAAUGGGCCCUCAUCCAGGGUACACUCCCUCCAUCGCACCCUCCGAGCGUUCUAACGUUGGUUUGUCCGCUAGGUACCGACCCGUCGCCAAUCACUCCGAUGCCGUGUCGAACGGAACCUCGAUGACCCUCCAGGUCGCCGGAGGCGUCAACCAGAACCGAACGGGCGCCAUCAAGGGGAUACUGAAGAAGGGCAGUCCCGGUCCACAGGUCAGCGUCGCCGAGGUGGAGGACGCUGACGAAGACUGGGGCAAGAUGGCUGCGCGAAAGAACAAAUCGAGGGGCAAGGAAAAUAACAGUUCCGGCCUCGAGGACCUUACUCGCGGUCUGAACCUAUAGACGUUUUACACGCGUACACGGCCACGCACAUAUACGCAUUUUCGAUUUUCCUUUUCUUUUUUCCAUAAUUGCACACGCAUGUCUGGAGAAACAAAAGCAACAUAAUACGGUUCUAAUGGAUAUGGAGAACGCGAUCUAGGAAUCUCUUUUCCUCUCUCUCUCUCUCUCUUUUUACAUCAUCUCUGCACCCCUUUCCCCUCUUAUCUCUUUUUAUUUUAAAGAACCUAUUUUUUCAUCCACCCACUUUUCUUGUUUGAAAAUCCAUGGAGCAAGAGAUUCUUCGUGGGGCGUGUAUUUGUUUGUGUGUGUUGAUGUACGAGGAAAGGGAUGGGGCCC